AUGACAUUAACACAUCCAUAUAAAGUUGCUGAUAUUUCUCUUGCCAACUGGGGACGUAAAGAAAUAGAAUUAGCUGAAAAUGAAAUGCCUGGGCUUCUAUCCUGCCGUAAAAAAUAUGGUAAUUCCAAACCACUAAAAGGUGCAAGAAUUGCUGGAUGUCUUCAUAUGACUAUACAGACUGCAGUACUUAUUGAAACUCUUGUUGAGCUUGGCGCUGAAGUAACUUGGUCAUCAUGUAAUAUUUUUUCUACACAAGACCAUGCAGCUGCUGCUAUUGCUGCUUCUGGCAUCUCUGUCUUUGCGUGGAAAGGAGAAACUGAAGAAGAAUAUUUAUGGUGUAUUGAAACUCAACUAACAUCUUUUAAAAAUGGGAAACAUUUAAAUAUGAUCUUAGAUGAUGGAGGUGAUCUUACAUCUCUUGUUCAUAAUAAAUAUCCAGAAUAUCUUGAAAACUGUAAAGGGAUUAGUGAAGAAACAACUACAGGCGUUCAUCAAUUGUAUAGAAUGUUCAAAGAAGGAAGACUUAAAGUUCCUGCAAUUAACGUUAAUGAUAGUGUAACAAAAAGUAAGUUUGAUAAUUAUAUGGGAUGUCGAGAAUCCUUAAUUGACGGUAUUAAACGCGCAACCGAUAUCAUGAUUGCAGGAAAGGUUGCUAUUGUUGCUGGCUUUGGAGAUGUUGGAAAAGGAUGCGCUAAAGCUUUGAGAGGGAUGGGUGCCCGUGUUAUUAUAACUGAAAUUGACCCUAUUGUUGCUCUUCAAGCAAGUAUGGAAGGUUAUCAAGUAGCUGUAAUGGAGGAAAUAGCAUAUCAAGGUGAUAUUUUUGUAACUGCAACAGGUUGUAAAGAUAUCAUAUGUGAACGUCACUUUGAAGUAAUGAAAAAUGAUGCUAUUGUUUGCAAUAUUGGUCAUUUUGAUGUAGAAAUUGAUGUUGCAUGGCUCAAAAAAAAUGCAGUUAAUGUAUCAAAUAUUAAGCCUCAAGUGGAUCGUUAUCAAAUGAAAAACGGUCGGCAUAUUAUUCUUUUAGCAGAAGGUCGUUUAGUUAAUCUAGGAUGUGCUACAGGACAUAGCAGUAUGGUUAUGUCUAUGUCUUUUACUAAUCAAGUCUUAGCACAAAUUGCAUUAUGGACAGCUCAGGAAGGUCAAUAUCCUUUAGGAGUUCACUUUCUGCCUAAAAAAUUAGAUGAAGAAGUUGCACGUCUUCAUUUAUCUAAACUUGAUGUUAAACUUACUUGUUUAACACCUGCGCAAUCACUUUAUCUUGAUAUUCCUAUCGAUGGACCAUAUAAAAAUGAACAUUAUCGUUAUUAA